GUCUUUAUUUUUACUUUUCGCAUAAUAGCUUAGCUUUCUAUUACAUCGCAUGCAGAUGCGAUUAUUAAAAACAUUAAGCAAAGAUAACAUAACGAUUGCACAUUAAGCAGUCAGGAGUAGGUGAUGUAAAAGCUUGGUUUGGAAACAUGACUUUAGUUUCUUUUUCUCCUCCAUAUCCAGUGCAUUGGAGCAAUGUUGCUUACGUUGAUUAUGUUAUACAGCACUUUAACAAACCGGAGGGUGUUACUUGUCACACGUGUGCAAUAAUCAAGCAAGCAAGAAGGAAUAAAUAUGGAGAAAUGGUCCUUAGUAUUAUUAUAAAGAUUUAGAAGUUUAAUUCUGACUUUCAAUUACUGGUAUAAUAAUGAUCGUGCUAUAAUAAUGAUAAGUAUUUUUUGGAGUGAAGUAGGUUUGACAACUGGAAAUACGUUCAUCACUUAACUGGAACUAAACUUAGAAACUGUUUGUGUUUCAAGCGUGACUUUAAGGCGGGUAUGUUCAAAAUAACAUAUCAAGUGUGUGAAGCACCAUGAGAAUAGAUACAACCCAUGUAGUACUUGGAUAUUACUUACUGCCUUUCAGAAUAAGGUUAUCAACACCUGGAAGGAUUUUAAGAGUGGAGAGAAAACUGGUGCUGGAGCCUGGAGGAGUCUGACAGCUGCAAGGAGAGAAUUAGGUUGUGGGUGUGUGCUGGGGGCUUUACUCCUUUGGUUCCUGGCUUUCAAAGCAGUAAGUGUUCCCAAGAGCUGAGCGGGGACGGACUGAAGUGUCUGUCCGGUGUGUGGCGUUGUGGUGUGUGUCUGGCACGUGCCUGCUGUGUGCAUCAUGGGCUCGACUGUUGUAGCCAAGCGUUAGCCUUAGGCUGCGAUUCCGAAGACAACACGUGAAGAAGGCGGCAAAAAUUAAGCGGCAGUGUUCUGCUGACACCACGGAGCGAGCUGCUCCGGCCUUUCCCCUUUCUCUUCUUGGGUCAAUGUAGAGGGUGCUUCCAGCUUCUUUAAGGGGAGGAAUUAAAGAGCUACUUCUGGGUGUUGUUUGUUUGUUAUGAUUUCAACAUACUAAGAAAACAAACAACACCUCAGGCUUCCAGGUAUUGAAGUCUGACAAAUUAGUCAGCAGGGUGACUUGGAAUUGAGCUCUAUUCGCAAGCACGUUUACUUCGCAAAGCGGGUUGGCGCGAAGUGUGUGGCGUUAUACACAGUCAUCUUCAGUUUUGGCGUGAGUUAAUGUAAUGUAUGGAUUGAAUUUGCAUUCUAAACAGGGUAGAAGUUAAAUACUCAUGGAGGACAUGGGUGGGGUCAUGCUGAAUUUGGCAAGGACAAGUCAAUUGUUUAAUUUUUGUAUGAGUGCUUGUGUUAUUACAAUAACCGUUUGGAUCCAGGAUGGUCUUAAAAUUAACUUUGUAAAUGACACAUGCCUGGAGAGAAGUAUAAGUAGCGUUUGAUGUGAAGGGAUCCUCCAUGAAUCAUGGCUGUUUACGUCUUAACUUUUAAAUAUAUAUAUUAUUACAUGUGUGUGUGUGUGUAUAUAUAUAUACUUAUUGUGAAACGUAUGCCACUUUGAAGGGUAGUGAAUGAGUGUCACAGCACAACGUUUCAGCUGACUCUGUUUUCUGUUAAGUAACAUAAUACUGAACAUUGUCCGUGAAUACCAAAAUCCCGUUGGAGAUGCGUGCCUAGCUGUGUGUACAAACCAGAUGUUUUUAGGAAAGUGGGUAUAUAAACUCUGUGUGUAUGUGCAGCAUCUGACAACGUUAAUAUCUCUAAGAGUUUAAGAACAGGUUGAGUUACAGUUUUUGGGCCUCUGAAGACAUGUUAUGCUUGUCUUCAGCUUUAAGGACUACUCGCUCCUGGUAUUUGGAGUCCCUUUAUAACUUAUUUCCUGUGCUGGCAUUCUUUAUCUCUGUUAUAUUUGUGACUCCAAGUCAAGUCCCUCAGGAACAUAUUUCCCUAUUCUGAAGGGUAUUGAUCAUAAUGUGGUUCUGAAAAGUCGAGUGAAAACAUCUUGGAUUGAACCACUGAGCGGUAGGGCUUCCCUUUUUUCAGAAUGCAGUAAAGCUUGUAAAGACCAUAGCUCCCUGAUGAAGCAACACUGUGCAGUGCCACGCUUAUAUAAUGGUAACGUAACUCCACGGUUAAAAUACAAUUCCAGCUUUUACAUGUGCACUUCAUGUAUCCAAAGUGUGCUUUGUUGUGACUUGACAAGUGUAGCACUGUUGUCGUGCUCUGAGUAAGCACAAAAGUGAUUCUGCUGCGUGCACAGGAUUGACAAAUCUUGUGCAAACAAAGUUUGUUUCCUGUAUGGAGAGCUGUGGCAUCACUCUUCUAAGAUGAAUGAGUUACUUCGCAGCCAUGACAUGCGAUAGCAAUCUUUUACAUCAGCCAAGCCGUGUGCCAUUGUGCUUCAGAUGAGAAGAAAGUAGCGGGCUGUUAAAGAUGUUCUGUGCUCCAUGUUAACAAGUGCCUUUCUUGCCCAGUUACCUGUGCUGGUACUUCUGUCAGGUUAAUUGGUUAAGAGGAGCACCAUAAAAUGAGAUCGAUUCCAUCUAAAAGCACACCAAUUGUGCUGGUACUCUUGUACCAAAAUGAGUUUUUUGGAGCCCCUCUCUAGUGAGGCUGGAGAGAUUAGAGCUUGGAUCUAGUAACUUACAAGUCUAGGUGCAUGUUUCUCAGAUCUUAGGAUCUGAAAGUGUUUGGGAUGCCUGCCUGCGUCUAUAGUCUGUAACGAGUGGUUGGCUUAUGGGACAUUAAACUCAUGCCGACCUUCACCCUUUGGUGCAGUUGGACCCUGCCCUGCUUUCCUACACCAGUGAAGUUAGCUAGAAAUUGAACGCUAGUCUUAGGUUGUCUGCAAACUGCCUUUUCCUCAGUACUACAACUCUUCUUCCUCAUUUACUACAAUAAUAAAAUGUAUCUUCCCGUGUCUUCCUCUCCAUGGCUCAAGUUCAAAAAUUCUCCUGCUGGAGGGGGCUUAGCUUGUGCCUGUGUUUGGAAUGGGAAACUUCCAAUAGUUCUUUCCUUCGUUUAAGUGGAAGUAGGAGAGAGCUGAAGGCUUUGAGGUUUGUCUGUUCAGUUUUUAAGUCUGAGACCAAGGGUGAUGGUCAGUUCCAACACCUGAUGAUUUGGAUUGUUAAGGAUUGCCUUUGUCUAAAGCAGUAGUGUAUAUUUUAUGCUUGCUGUGUUUGGCAAGGUAUAAAGAGUCCCGCCUGUAAAUCGUUUCAAGAGGCUUUCCAGUCCCUCUUACUCAUUUUGUGGCUUUUUUUUUUCUGUUUGUUUUUUGUUUCUGUUUGUUUGUUUGUUUUUCUGUUUUAUUUUGGCAGGGCAGGGAUGGGAGGACCUUGUUUCUUAGCUUGGAAAAACUAAUGCAUUUGGGCUAUCCCUUGCUCAGGAACACAAUGGGGAUCUCUCCCUUCUAGUCUCACUUUAAGAUAUUCUUGCCAAGGUAGUCUCAGGUGGCAACUGGGGGAUAAUUUCAGACAAUUAUAGAAAAAAAAAAGAUGGAAGUCAAGCAUUUUCAUUUUAGAGAAGGAUUUUCUAAUGAAGUAAAACUUGCAGGAUCAUGAUAUUAGUCUGUCUGUUGUUCCUGUCUCUUGCCAUUACCCAUUUCUUUCAAACUUCCACAAAGUAAUAACUUGGAAGUCUGCUUUUAGCUUCUUCUCCAUUACUGGUGGUGAAUUUCUGUAAUAGUCCUGUGUGAUUUUUCUGGUGUUCACAGAACUACUUACCUCUGGAUAGCUCAUGUACAUUUAUUCUCCCAAGCUAAUAAAUAACUAGUUCCUAAAGUCGACAAAUUAAUGAAUCCAGGUUUCCUAUGGAUUUGCAUCUAGUUGUUCUGUUUUUCUGGUGUCUAACGUAUACUGAUCUUGAUUUUAAAUUUCUUUUUAAAUGUGGCUGUUAAGACAGUGUGUCUGUCCUAGUCACCUGGUCUCAGGUAUCUUUAAUUCCGACCUCUCUGUUACAUCUAACUGAGAUAGUUUGCAACUUUAUCCCUGCCAGUAGUACACAAAACUAUCUGUCAAACAUCCAGACUACAAGGUGAGUUCCUUAUUCUUGGAACUGAAGAAAUUGCCUGUUGGACCCCUUUUAUCUAGAAAAAAACUUUGAAGAGCAAAGGGGAGAAGUGGCUCUCUUCCGGCUGCUAAAACCUUUUGUUAGGAGCCUGGAAUGAAAAGGACAUUGCAAGGUUGUGGGGUUUUUGCUCGUUUUUGUUGGGUUUGUGGUGGUGGUGGUUGAUUUUAAAGCUUGUUACAGCUGAUGGUAGUGAAAGUACCAUUUCUGGAGUCCUGUGCUGACCUUUUCUGAAGGACAUGGCAGUACGCUCUGAACAGGUGCUUUGGAAGCACUUUCACACAGUUGCUGUUUUGCAGGGUUCUGAAAGUUGAAGUUUCAUUAACUAUUUCUUUUAAAAUCAAGGUACUCAGAAAUUACAUGUCUUAAAGGUGGUGUUGGGGGGUAAGUUAGAUUAGCUUGUGUGAUAAAACUACGUCCUGUUUCUUGGUACCUUCUACCUCAUCCAUUUUUGUGUUUAGCCCCGUUAAGAUUCAUAGGGAAAGCUUUCCUGCUGGGAGGCCAAUGUUUGUAACCAAAUCUCAGGAUGGAUCUCUUCUGCAUGUUUUAAAGGAGCUUUGUAGUGAAGACCUACACAGUACUGCUUCCCGUAGCAUGAACGCGUGAUGAGUUCUUGGUUUGUGUCAUGUUUCUUAACCCCUAACCUUUAAAACAUUCAAAAACUUUAUUGCGUAAUCCUUUGUACUUAAUUACUUAUCUGAAAAGAUGAAUAAAAAAAAGUUUGCAUAAACGCUGUGGAUGCCCUGCACAUUUCAGUUCUAGGAUAUUUUGCACUGCUUAUUAGUUAGGGACUUCGAGAGAGCAGCAAGUAGUUUUAGCGAGUGCCUGUGCAUCUGGCAUGGCUACAAGAGGAUGGUCUUACAGCUAACCUGAUACCUUCUCAAGACCUCAUAAACAGGCUUUGUGAGGAUCAUUUGUAGUGGCACAACAGGUCAGGUUUAAACCAAAAAAUUAAGUGAAGAGUAGUAUCCUGGGUGCGGUAGUGAAAAUAAAUGUUUCUGUUUUGAUUUUAAAUCGAUUAUCGAGCCCUGUAACAAAGUACUGGUCUUUGAAUAGAGAUUUCAUUUGGUGGCGAGGACAUAUCAGAAACCAGAAUCAGAUUAGCUGUUGCUGUAUCUGUAACUUCUCAUUUGUUCAGUUAGUCUUUAAUGUUUUGGAUACAGCUUUCCAGUGGGGUCUUCCUCAAUUACAAAUAAUCAUCUAGCUUCCACUAAUCAGAGACCAGGAAGACUUGCAUGUUACAGCUUUUUCAGGAAAAAUAAAUGACUUGUUCUUUAGGUAACAUCCUGCUAGAAAGGUUUGGCUCCCUGGUAGAUGCUAUUGCACCAGAGUGGAAGUGCACUCACAGACACGGUACAGGCUGCUUUUGUCCUCUGCUACAGGUAACCUAGCCCACACAGGGAAUGAUGGCCUGUCACAGAAGGAAGUUGUCUGCACGCCACUCUGCAUCCACUUAGCCUUCCCCCUCAAAAAAAGGUCUUUGAUGCCUUUUUCAAGCAUGAUGUAAUUAUCUAUGUCUUCAAUUUGAAAUUAAUCUCAUGUCUUGAAGUGCCCAGUGGAUCACUGGACAUUGAAAACCAGGGAAAUGAGCAGUUCUUGCAGCUUAAAGAAAUGCCUCAUUUUUUUCUCACUUCUUUCAUGAAAUUGGUAUGGGGUGACUUUUGAAUCUUAAUGAAAUAUCCAAUGAGCAUGGUAUCAUGAGGAUUUCCAUGUGUGUUUUUUUUUUUUUUUUCCGAUUUCCCAAUAAGAGUUCUGGUCCCUUUAUUUUGAUCUAAAAUAGCUGGAGACCCUCUUUAGGGUGACAGCUCUGGUCUUAGUGAUUUUAACUUGUGUGCUACUUGUGCACUUAUCACUCUUUGCUCCCCGAGUGCCUGCUUCCAUAUAACAGUUCAUCCUGGUCACAGGAGACAGUUUGUGUAGGCAUUUUCCUUUGCUUGCAUUUCAUGCCACCUCAGUCUGUCUGUAGUACCACGAUCAUCCACACAAUGAGUGAAGGUGGCAGCAGUUCGCUUCUGGAUGCUAAGGUCCAGAGGUGCCUCUCCAAACAGCUUUCAGAACAGCAGAGCAGGUAAUAGAUUUGAUUCAGUGAAGCGGUAACUCCUCUCUGUCUCCCACAAGGUUUAAGUGAAUGAGGUUGUAAUCUAGGAGAGCUGGAGGGGCAGCAAUGGCAGAGCAAGAAGAAUAAACAGGACAGGUGGAUCUUCAGAAGUUUCUUAAGCAGAUCUGGUCAGGAUUUUGCAGAUGAAUGGCUCUACAGCAAUGCUCUCUUGAAACGACGUGUUAGGAAAUGGUCACAAGCAAUUAUGGCUUUAAUAUUAUGGAAUUUGUAAAUAUAAACCAAAAUGACUGUAGGUGUGAGAGAACGUUACUUGAAUGAUAAGCCAGCUUCUUCCUGCAAUGUAGUUAUAGUGGAAGAGAAAAAAGACUGUCUUUCUAGUUCUCUUACUUGACCUUAUAUAACAUCCUUACUGAAACUUAAUUGCUUUAAGUUAGUAGGAGGGAAAAUACCAAUGUCUUUGAGGUUAGAUAGUACAAACAAAAGAGGUAAAGAAACAAUUCUCUAAAAGCAGUGAAUAUUUUUUCCCCAAAAUGUUGUUUCCAGACAAGUUAAGAGAAUGAAGUGGAUUGUAUAACAAGCUGUAGUUUGUUGGCAUUGGUUUGCUGAUAGUAACUUUUGCAGAAGCUCUUGGAGCAGCCCACUUGCCCAAGGAAAUUAUCAGCUGUUUUGGAUUGGGAACGUGUGUUCUGUGAGAAGCUGAGAUAACUCUUGCCUGCCCUUUAAUCCCCCAUACACCCUCCUAGACCUACCUGACCCACCCUGGCCAGCCAGCACGUAGGUGCUGUAGAGUUAGCUGGUCGCAGAGUUGGGCAGGAUCCAUCUGGUCACCAUCAGUGUCAGCACCGACCUCACCCAUUCUUCUCUGCACAGUCUCAAGUUUUUUGGUAAACAACUGGCAAUUUAAUGUCUUGGAUUUCUUUUAGGUCAGUCAGUGGGCCUGGCUGUCAUGAGCAUGCAGGUGAAUAGACACAGUGCAGUAACAACAAAACCUUGGGUUCUUCAGAAACCAAACUAAAAGAUACCAAAGGCAGAGCAUGGCUGGUGAGAAUGGAGAAAGCGAAGCCUGUCAAGAAAUAGAAGCUCUCUUCUCUGAAACCAUGCCAGAGAUGACAGAGAAUGAGACACCUACUAAGAAGCAACAUCGAAAGAAAAACCGGGAGACACAUAAUGCAGUGGAGAGGCAUCGAAAGAAGAAGAUUAAUGCUGGGAUAAACAGAAUUGGAGAACUCAUUCCCUGCUCUCCAGCACUCAAGCAGAGCAAGAACAUGAUCCUGGACCAAGCCUUUAAGUAUAUAACAGAAAUGAAAAGACAGAAUGAUGAACUUCUGUUAAAUGGAGGGAACAACGAACAGGCUGAAGAGAUAAAAAAACUCCGGAAACAACUGGAUGAACUUCAGAAGGAAAACGGGAGAUAUAUCGAACUACUGAAAGCAAAUGAUAUUUGCCUGUAUGAUGAUCCUACGAUCCACUGGAAGGGGAAUCUCAAAAAUGCAAAGGUUUCGGUUGUUAUUCCUGGUGAUCAGGUUCAAAAGAACAUCAUCGUCUAUUCAAAUGGGAGUCAACCCAAUGGAAAUAACCAGGGAGCAUCUGUCCAGGGAAUAACGUUUAACGUUAGUCAUAAUUUACAAAAACAAACAGCCAAUGUUGUGCCAGUUCAGAGAACUUGCAACUUAGUUACUCCUGUGACGAUUUCUGGUAUUUACCCUGCAGAAAACAAGCCACGGUCUCAGAGUACGGUUUCUCCACUGGCACCCACUCAGCCAGUCCCAGCAGGGAAUGUUCUUGAGCUUUCCACCCUAGAGAAUGAGCAAGGUGUGCUUGCUACUGCCAGCUCACAGAGCACUUCUCAAUCUGGAACAGAACAGGAACUACAGCGUUCUCUAAGUAAUACAUCACAGAAUGAUCAAAAUCUCUCCAAAAGUAAAAAUGAUGAGGGGUGCCCGAAAUUAAUGAAGAAAACAGUCCUGCAGGGAAUCAGCCUUCCUUCCAGUGCCUCCACGGAAGCCUCUCAAGUUCAACAGGUGAAUGCAACCUGUUCAAAAACACCCAAUUCUAGGAAUGAAUUUCAAGAAGGCUGUGUAAUUUCAAACAGUGACACAGUUUGCGUGCCAUCUGUGAGACUGUCUAGUACAGAUAGCUUUUCCUCUGUAAAUGUCCUCAAAAGUACAGACUUGGUAAGUAGUGCUGGAAUGCCUGUGACUUCUGCAGCAGAAGGAAUUAAGGCUGUAACGGCAAUAAGCACUCUGCCUGCCAGUCCCCUAGAGAACUGCUGGUCUUUUUCAGGCUCUACAGGUGUUGGCGCUUCAGACUUGAAAAACAUGAGUAGCCUUACACGGAUGCCUUCAGCUGGAAACACACAGACCACGUGGACAACUUUGCAGCUAGCAGGAAAUACUGUUCAGCCACUAAGCCAAACACCAUCCAGUAUGAUGACUGCGCUACUAAAUGAGCCAGUUAAUGGCGCUGGUACUGUAUCUCCUGCUCACAGCAGGCCUUUGACUACAAGCAUUAGUCUAAAUACUUCUCUGCCUGGAGAAGUGCAGGCAGCUGAACAAAUUGUAGUUACCUUGCCCUCAUGUCCGUCCUUACCUAUGCAGCCAUUAAUCAGCCAGCCACAGGUUAAAACUCAGGCUGCAGGAAAUAUCCUUUCAUUAAAUUCAGCUAUGCAGGUAAUUCAAAUGGCUCAGCCAGUUGCGUCAGCCGUAACAGGAGCACCAGCCAACCAGAAUGUCAUAAUUCUCCAGCCUCCAAACACCACUCCAUGCCCUCCAAUCGUGAGAGCAGAAGUUCCUAGCCAAAAUGUUAGUCAACAAAUUGUAAUUAUACAAGCUGCUAGUCAGAAUCCUCUUCCUCUCCUCUCUGCCCAGCCUUCUGCUUCUGUAAGAGUUCCCAUGAAUGGGCCUACUGCAAUCGCAAACUCUAGUAACUCUGUACAAAAUUCCCCUCUUCCACAGACUUUUGGAGGGAAACACCUUGUUCAUAUAUUACCAAGACCAUCCUCUUUGCCGUCUUCUAGCUCUACACAAACAUUUUCAGUUACAAUGUCAAAUCAACAGCAUCCUCAAACUAUCUCAUUAAAUGGGCAGCUUUUUGCAUUGCAGCCUGUGAUGUCUUCAUCCGGAGCUGCAAAUCAAGCCCCUAUGCAAAUUAUUCAACCCACCACCAGCGAAGAUCCAAAUACCAACGUUGCCCUCAAUACAUUUGGUGCUUUAGCUAACCUCAAUCAAAGCAUAUCACAAAUGGCUGGACAAAGCUGCUUACACUUGUCUCUCAGCCACCCUGCCAAUCCUACAACUGUCCAUAACCAGAUUGCCACAGUUAACUGUGUGUCAUUACCAACUUCGGUGGCAUCUGCAAUAUCUGCAGAGGGUUCAGUAUUAACUAGUGCAUCUAAUUCAAUAAAUGCUUCCCCCAAAAAAGCUGCUGCUGGUUUGUCAUCUAAUACAAAAUCAAAAAGGACAAACAAAAAGCCAAGUACUAAAAAACACCUAGCAGUCAACAGUAAAGUUUCCUGUCCAGCAAUUCCUUGCAAAGAUGCGGGGAAGGUAGAUUGUACUCCUGUGGAAACUGUGGCAAAGCAUGCAAACGGUGAGGGGCUGCCUGAAAACAUUCCGGCAGCAUCGCAAGCUUUGGCUACGUCACAGGCGAGUGGUGUGGCAGCACCAAGUGGCACGAGCAUUUCUGACUGUCAUUCCAAAGAGUCUGAGUGCUCUGAGCAGGCAGCAGGAUCCCGCCCUGUGCCAGAGCUGCCCUCGGCAGAGCUGCCGGCUUCCUCGCCCCUGCAGCCCACGGUGUCCGAACCAUUGGUGCUGGACCCGCCAGCUGCCAAAGAUGCUGCUCCUCACCCGCAGGCGCGUCGGUCUCAGAGCAAUCCACCUACUGCCUCUGCCUUGUCAGAGUCUUCUGCACCCUGUGAACCCCCUGGCACCUUAACGACUUCUCGUACUGAAGCACAUAUGACAAAUUCUCAGGUUGCUGGGAUGACAGCAGCACAGAGCAGCACAGCAGAUCAUACUUCCAAAGCAGGAGCAAUUUCGGAGUCCUGCAAUGUUGCACAGGAUUCUUCAAUUAUCAUGCAAGAUGCGGACUUGUUAGGGGGGCAGGGUCUAACCAAAAUGCUGUCUGAUCUCACAAAAGAAAGAACAGCUGAGGAAAAAAACUCUUCUUUUACGGUUCAGGGGGAGCAUUCUAAUUUUCCCAUGGAAAACUCUAAAUCAGCAGAAUCAAACGUUGAUUUGCCUGAGAAGCAGGAACUUUUGUUAAUGAACUCAGAGGGAGAUUCUCUCUCCCAGCAUCACACCUGCAUUUCUGAUCAGGAAGUAGUUAGUGCUUCCCUAAUUGCCAGCAGGCAGGCAGACUCCCCAAUGUCAACCAGUUCUGGUAGCAGUCGAGGUUUCUCAGUGGCGUCGAUGUUGCCAGAUACCACCAGAGAAGAUGUUACAAGCAGCACAUCAACCAGUACAUGUAACAGCUGCACAUUUUCAGAACAACCUGACAUUGUAGCUCUUGCAGCAAGAGCUAUUUUUGAUCAAGAAAACCUCGAGAAAGGUGGAGGAGGAAUACAAGUUAAUAUGAGGGAUGCCAUCUCUAAGUCAACUGAGGUUGCAUCUUUGGAGAGAGAACAACCGACUUUUAAACCUUUACCAGCGAAAGAAAGCAAUGCAGGGCCAUUAGAAGCAGCAUCAAACAAAUUCAGUGCUCAGGAUACAGUGCAAACAAAUGUUGAUAGACAAGUUGAAAAACCAAGCUGUUCUGUAGGAGGUGUGGAAACCUCAAACACUUCUUUGCAGAUUUCAGCCUCCCAGUCACCAAGCAUAACCAGUUUAAGCGUGAAUAAUCUAAUACACCAGAGUCGCAUUGUCCAUCCCCUUGUGAGUUGCUCAAGUUUAUCCCAGCCUUCAGAGCCACCAAGUGUUCCUGCAACGGUGAGUCUCUCCCUUCCAUCUAGUUCAUAUGUCAACCAGUCUCCGGGACCAGCUAUGAUGAAUGAAUAUGCUCAGGAGCAACUGAAUGCUAUUAGGGCAAACACCAUGCAGGCUCCCCAGCUGCAGGAAUCACACUUAAAGCAGCAAGGCCAUGAAGGUCGCAAAGACUCUGCCAAGCGGGCUGUUCAAGAUGACCUUCUGCUCUCUACAGCAAAGAGGCAAAAGCAGUGCCAGACAGCACCUAUAAGGCUCGAAGGCAUGGCACUGAUGAACCGAACACCAGAGACCAUUGCUGAUCAAACGCAGAUGCUAGUCAGUCAGAUUCCUCCUAAUUCAUCAAAUUCAGUGCCAUCAGUGAGCAAUCAAGGGCACACCGAUGGCCUUAAUAGGUUAUUCCCAUCAAACAGCAACUUUGUAACACCAGCUUUGAGACAAACUGAAGUUCAGUGCAGCUCUCAAACAUCAAUUUCAGAACAGCAAGGUCAAGCAGGGCAGCACUUGCAGCCGAUUCAGCACGGUCCUUCUCAAGGCAUAUCUCAUCUUCACAGUAAUCAUCCAUACUUAAAACAACAGCAGGCUGGACAGUUAAGAGAAAGGCACCACUUGUAUCAGCUGCAGCACCAUGUCACUCAUGGGGAAAACUCAGUCCACUCUCAACCCCACGGUGUCCACCAGCAGCGAACAAUACAGCAGGAGGUGCAAAUGCAAAAGAAACGAAAUCUUAUCCAGGGAAGCCAAGCCACACAACUUUCUCUACAGCAGAAACACCAUGGAAGUGAUCAGACACGACAAAAAGGUGGUCAGCCUCAUCCUCACCACCAGCAAAUGCAGCAGCAGAUGCAGCAGCACUUUGGAGCUUCCCAGCCUGAAAAGAACUGUGAAAAUCCCGCAACAAGCAGAAACCACCAUAACCACCCUCAGAGCCAUAUAAACCAGGAAAUUAUGCAUCAACAGCAACCAGAUGUUAGCAGCAGACAGCAAGGUUCAGCUUCUGAACAUGUGUCAGGGCAUAAUCAGAUGCAGAGGCUUAUGACCUCAAGGGGCUUAGAGCAGCAAAUGGUGUCCCAGGCAAGUAUUGUAACCAGACCAUCAGAUAUGACUUGCACUCCUCAUAGGCAGGAGAGAAACAGAGUCUCCAGCUACUCUGCUGAAGCACUCAUCGGGAAGACACCCUCUAAUUCAGAACAGAGAAUAGGAAUAUCUCUUCAAGGCCCUAGAGUUUCUGACCAGCUUGAAAUGAGAAGCUAUCUAGAUGUUUCUAGAAAUAAAGGGUUGGUCAUUCAUAAUAUGCAGGGCCGUAUAUCUGUUGACCAUACGGUUGGCUCAGAUGUGCAACGGCUUUCUGAUUGUCAGACAUUUAAGCCAGCAGGACCCAAUCAACAACCAACAGGCAAUUUUGAUGUACAAGCCUCAAGGAACAGUGAAAUUGGUAAUUCUGUGUCAUCCCUCAGGGGCAUGCAGUCGCAAGCUUUCCGAAUUGGUCAAAAUACUGGGCCGUCCAUAGAAAGACAGAAGAGAUUGCCUUACCAGCCAGUACAGGGUAUUCCAACAGGAAAUACCCUUCCAUCAAGGGAAAAUGAAAAUACAUGCCACCAAAGUUUUAUGCAGAGUUUACUUGCCCCUCACCUUGGAGAGCAAGUUAGUGGAAGCCAAAGAACACUCCCAGAGCAUCAAAGGAAUACGCAGUGUGGUGCGUCCUCCACGAUCGAGUACAACUGCCCCCCAGCGCGAGAGAGCGUCCACAUCCGAAGAGAUGGUGAUGGUCAGAAUAGGGAAAGCUGUGACAUGUCUAUCGGUUCAAUUAACACAAGGAACAGUUCUUUAAAUAUUCCUUUCUCAAGUUCUUCUUCCUCGGGAGAUAUUCAGGGUCGAAAUACAAGCCCAAACAUUUCUGUACAGAAGUCCAAUCCCAUGAGGAUGACCGAGAGUCAUGGAACAAAGAGUCACAUGAAUACGCCUGUUUCUAGCAACAUGCAUGGAGUCGUGAGGCCCACUCACCCUCACCCUGCCGUUUCUCAUGGAAAUGGUGAACAAGGGCAACCAUCCGUUCGCCAGCCAAAUUCUUCAGUUACUCAACGAUCGAGGCAUCCUCUGCAAGAUAAUGGAGGCUCUAAAAUACGUCAGCCUGAAAGGAACCGAUCUGGAAAUCAAAGACAUGGAAAUGUCUUUGACCCUAGUCUUCCCCAUCUUCCCCUGUCUACCAGUGGCAGUAUGAUCCUCGGGCGCCAGCAGUCUGCGAUAGAAAAAAGAGGAAGCAUUGUCCGCUUUAUGUCUGAUGGCCCUCAGGUGUCUAAUGAUAACGCAGCCCCUGACCAACACACGCUCUCUCAGAACUUUGGCUUCCCUUUUAUUCCAGAGGGUGGCAUGAAUCCACCAAUAAAUGCCAAUGCAUCUUUCAUCCCACCAGUUACUCAGCCUAGUGCCACUCGAACACCAGCCCUAAUCCCAGUCGAUCCUCAAAAUACGCUGCCAUCCUUCUACCCGCCAUACUCUCCCGCCCAUCCCACUCUUUCCAAUGACAUUUCUAUCCCUUACUUUCCCAAUCAAAUGUUUCCUAAUCCAAGCACAGAAAAGCCAAGUAGUGGAGGUUUGAACAAUCGAUUUGGAUCCAUUUUGUCCCCUCCCCGGCCUGUUGGUUUUGCUCAGCCAAGUUUUCCUUUGCUUCCGGAUAUGCCGCCAAUGCACAUGACCAACACGUCACACUUAUCCAAUUUUAACUUGACGUCUUUGUUUCCAGAAAUAGCCACAGCUCUUCCUCCAGAUGGUUCAGCAAUGUCGCCUUUGCUUUCCAUUGCAAACACAUCUGCUUCAGAUUCUUCCAAGCAGUCCUCAAACCGACCUGCCCACAAUAUAAGCCAUAUUCUAGGUCACGAUUGCAGUUCAGCUGUAUGAAGACUGAGACUGACUUCUAGUCUGAUGUGUUGUUUAUAUAUUUAAGAAAAAGAAAACAGAUCUUACUGGCAUCCCUGAAGAGCCCAUUCAUAGCAUCACUGUUUAUUUGCCUAAACGUAUGUAUAUGGGUACAUUUUGUAUUUAUAUACAUACUGUAUUUCCAUCCACCUUACUAACUUUUAAGCACCAGUGCCUAUAGUAAUGCUUACUUACAAGUAAACGGUAAGAAUGCAACAUUUAGAGCUGUGCAAAUAUUGAUUGUUGAUUUUACAACAAUCAAGUCUGAUGUCUGAUUGUCCCAGGAUAAUCGCCACCCUCAGUAGUACUUGGAUGUAAAGAAAGAAUUGAGAACAUCCGAACGAGAGAUAGGAAAAAAAAUGCUACAGAUUUCAAUUACGAUGUGUUUACCUAAAACUAAAGACGAACUUGAAGUGGCUUGGGUUUCUCUUCUUCCUUUGUAAAAUAUUUUCAGGAGCCUCAUAACUAGUCAAGUCUGUGUUAAUCCAGCAUUAUUUGAUAAAGCCAUUUGUUGUGCAGCUUCUGUCUCUUUGAAGCUUGUCACAUACACUUGACUUAAGGCUGGCAAAAAUUACCGUGUUUCUAUGGUCAGCAAUUAAAAAUACUGUUUUAGAAAAUUGAGAUUUCUUUAAAGCAUGACUUUCUGUUUCCAAGACAAAAUUUGUUUGGAUCUGUUUUAACAAUGGCAUCUGUUACUGCUGAACUUGGUCAACAUUUUAAUGUAGCUUACUACCCCUGCUGGUGUAGUCAGCAGAGACAGCAGCCCUGUUUGUUGCCAUUUCAUUGUUCAUAUGCUGCAAGUUACCUCAGGGUGUUUCUUGAACCUUGUUUAGCACCUUCUUAAUGUCUUUUUUUUUUUUUUUCUUUCUCCUCUUUUGGCCCAUGCUCAAGCACCAGCUUUCUGGUUUCUAGGAGUGACAGCCCUCUGUUGUAUUGGACAGCACAUAGGAGGAGCACUGAGCCCAUGGCAUCCCACAAAAUUAAUGGGGAUCCUCGUGGGCACAGCAGCUACUUAACGUUGCCAACAGCGUAGGGGCCUAAUUUAAUAUCAGUACUUUGCACUUGAAUGCACCUUUUGUCUAAACCCAUAUGAUUGUGGGUGAAGGAAGAACACGAAUGUGUCAAGAUUGAAAUAUUGCAUACCAGGAAGACAUGGUUUGAGCAUUGUGAGGAAGGGGGGACGUGUUUGUGCGUGCAUGAGGGACAGAACAAAUGUGUGUGCGCUAGCUAAGUCUCUGGUAUACUUCCACAGAUUUUGAUCCCAUUUCAUUUAAGGGAAAGGGAAGAACUAGGUAAGUUUUAUUUAUUUAAUGGCUCUGCAAUGUGAUUUU